GCUCGGCUCCUGUGGCCCCGCUCCGGCUCCUGUGGCCCCGCUCGGCACCCGCGGCAGCGCCAUGGCCACGGCCGCUCUCCUCGGCCCCGUGUUGUUCAUUUACUUCACAUGUAUAUCUACUGUCCAGACUACUGACUGUCUGCACUUGAGGGAGCAAUGUAUUAAUGCUGGAAAUGGAUGUGAGAGUGUCUGGAAUGUGGUUGAAGAUGCCUGCAAUAUUUCAGUUCUAGGUAAUAGAUGCAAGGCAGAAGACAGUGUUGGAUGUAAUAGAAUAAUCCAGGUCCUGGCUGAUGAAUACCCAGAAUUUAGAAACUGUGUCUGCACUACAGACGAUAUCUGUAGCAUCACAACUUUGCUUGGGGAACUGUGCAACAUCAACAAAGACUAUUUGGAGUCUCCCUCGGGGUCGGACCCUGAGCUGGGUGUCAGGCCCCCCAGGAGCCCCGCGGAUCCGGGGAGCUGCAGCGUGGCGAGGCGGCUGUGUCGGGAGCAGCCGCGCUGCUGGGCUGCGCACCGGAGCUUCCAGCGGCACUGCCGGGCACCCGCGGGCACCUGCAGCUCCCCCCGGCCUGCCAGCUGCCUGCUGGCCUGGAAAGAGCUGAGCACAACGCCCCUGGGAAGGUGCACCUGCCCAGAGCCGCGUCGGGUGAGAUGCAUCACAAUUUGGAAGGGAAUAUUCAACAACCCUUGCUUACAGCACUCGCAGGAGAGCCAGGCCUCGGGAGCUGGUGACAGUGAUGGCAGUGAUGAUGACGAUAAUGCUGAUCUUGAUGACAAUAUUAGUAUGGAAACAAAAUUACAAUGGGGUUUAUCUGCUCUCUCUAAACAAGCACACACAACAAACAGGAGCUGUUUGGAUGUGAACAGGGAGUGUGUUGAAGAUGAAGUGUGUAACAAACAGCUGUCCCUGUACCUCAAACUGUGCUCAGUAAAUAAGAAGUGCAAUGUGGAAGGAUGUCAAGCAGCCAUAAGGUUCUUCUAUGGAAACAUGCCUUUUGAAGUUGCCCAAAUGAUGAUAUUUUGUGACUGCAUCCAGCAUGAUGAAUCCUGCUACAGAGCCAAAGAACUUCUCCAUGGCAAGCCCUGUGCAGUUACUGUAGUUCCACCCCCAUCAUGUCUGAAUGUAAUCCAGAUGUGUGAAGAGAAUGAAUUGUGCAGGAAAAAAUACACAACUUUUCGGUCAAAGUGUUGGAGACACGUGACAAAAAAGUGUUACAAUGAUGAAGCUUGUCUUGAAACUUUGCUCAAGGAUGACGUGCCCUGUUCUGCCACCGCUGAUUGCAAAGCAGCCUUUGUCAGCAGCUGGGGCACGAUGCUGCUCACAGAGUGCACCUGCCAAAACGUGCCUGCCGUGGAGCAGCCUUUGUGUGAGCUCUUCCACCACAUGCUGCACAGCAAAUCCUGCUUCAGGGACUUGCGUCAAAUUUCUAUUCAGAAGAAGGGUUUUCACUGGGUAAAUACAGAAAUGCCAAGGGAAAAGAUUUCCGGAGCACAGCUCCAUUCUUCUGCAAUUAAUGGUGAAACUGUCUACAUUAUUGCUUACUCCUCCUGCAUAGCUCUCAUCCUAGGAAUAGUCCUGUUGACUCUCCUAAAGAUCAGGCAAGACACGAACUGCCUGAUUGUCCCCUUGCACUGUUCUGGGAGCCAUGGUCCCAAACACCAUCCUGGAUCCCACCUUGUGCCUAGGAGCUCUGGAUUUCUCUCUAUAGCUGCGUUGUUUGGCUAGAUUUCAGCUUCUAUUUACUACCAGUGAGUUGUCUUUGUUAAAUCUUUGUGACAAUCUAGUCCUGGUGAGCACAAAAGAAUGGACUGCUGUUUCUUAUUCAGCUGUUACCAUGAAUAGCACAUGUAUUGCCUUGUUAUAAUAGCAUUUGAUUAAUUAACUUUAUUUCAAAUGUGAUUAGUUUUAAUUUUGUUUGAAUUAUCACUAAAUGUAACUCACCUCCAGUUUUGACCAUGAGACCAAUGGUCUAGGGCCACAUCUAGUGCUAGAUGACUGAUCUAGGACUAGAAAUUAACGUGAUCAGAAAAGCAAGAAUCUCUGCUCUUCUAUGUGACUCUUGCUUCUGGCUUUGGUAGCUUGCAAAGUUAUUACUGUAGAGCAAAAUCUUAAGUGUGCAGUUCUGUUGGGGAGAGGCUUAGAAA